UGUGUAGUUGAGCACCUCAUUCUGAAGCUCCAGGCUGACACUGAGAAGACACAAGAGAAGCAAAUCUGCAGCAGGUCUCAUCGGGGACAUCUGCAUCAUCGUCACCAUGAAGUUGCUGGUUGUGUUUCUGCUCGUUGGUACCAUGAUGGUCCUGUCAGAGGCUUCUCCAGAGCCAGAGGCAGAACCUGAGGCAGAACCUGAGGCAGAACCAUCUGGAGAUUCUUCAGAGUCAGAGGAUGAGACUGCAACAGAAUCAGCCGAUGACGACUCGGAUGAUGGAAAUCAGGCGUCAAACCAAACGGUUGUUAAAAGAGCGUUACGUUGCCCCCGGUUCUGGAGACGGUAUGGCAGACGGUGUUACCGCUUUUUUUCCUGGCGCAGAAACUGGUACAGCGCACAGCGUAAGUGCCGCAUGUACGGUGGAAGCCUUGUAUCUGUAAGACACCGUUACCAUGAGUACUGGUUGAGGCGUCUGGCAGGAGGCAGACUAGCAUGGAUUGGACUCCACGAUCGUUAUUAUGAGGGCAGGUGGUCUUACAUUGACAGAACAAGGUACAGCUAUUCCAACUGGUGUCGUGGAGAGCCCAACAACCAUCGCAAUGAGGACUGUGCUAUGAUAAACUGGUCAGGUCGAAAGUGCUGGAAUGAUGGCCAGUGUGGCACACGAAUCUCUUUCAUCUGUUCACGAAGAACUUCUUGUUAACAGAUGUGUGUUUCAACCGUGACUACGCACUCAUCACUGUUUGUCAUCAGACUCAUGUUAAACAUUAAAUCCAAUCCUUCUUUCUUUUCUUUUCUCUCGCUGUAACGCUACCUAAGGAAAGAAGCGACAAGUCAAAUGUGAACUGUAGGUGGACUGCUUUUACGACCUUGUGUCUCAUAAAAGUAGAGGUUGAAAAGUUCUGAAAAGAUGCUUUCAGCACAACUUUAUUCUGAUCUGUUCUUCUCCAAUCAUGCAUGAUUAAAAUAGUUCAAGCAUCGAAA